AUGCGUGAAAAAGAUUCCAUCCUUGCAGGGGUCGCGAAGGCUCUAGACAAUUAUCGCAUCCCACAUGGGGGUAAAUGGCCGCCACCGGAAUUCAACCUGCAGCGCUCGCUUUCACACGUGGUUGGCGCAAAGCAACCAAUAGUGGAUAUGCUGCCUUCAUUGAUGAGGCUUAGCAAUUGGCUCUGCAUGUUGGCCCGGGGAGGUGGACCCAGAUGGACACUCUGGCUGUUCAGGAUAGCGAUAGCAGCCCCAGAGUCCCGAUACAAUUGUUGCACUGCCCCCCUCACAUCAUAUAAAAAGGCACCAUGCGCAGCUAGGAAAGCCCAAGCUCCCGUGAUGUCGCAAGCUAUACCAGAGUUCACUUGGAUGGACGAUUUCCAGUACGAUUUCGAUUCGCACCGGAACUCGCUGAGCAGCGUCGGAAGCUACGAGCCUGAUUUGUUCGAAGUUCCGGAUGUGAUGGACAUGGCUCCUUCGUCCUCGCCUACAACCUCGCCUGAAGAGGAGAAGCCAGAGCCCAGCACCACAGCAAAAACCCGCCGCCGGAGAAAAAGCACAACUGCCCGGUCGAAAAAGCCGAUGACAGUAACACAGCGGAAGGCCCACAAUAAAAUCGAGCGCAAAUACCGAAUCAACAUCAACUCCAAAAUCGCAAAUCUACAGAAACUGGUUCCCUGGAUGAGCAAUGAGAUCGUUGCCUUUGAGAUCGAUGCGGCAGGUCUGGACCAUCUCCAAGGCCACGGACUCGGCGGGAGGAAAUUGAACAAGUCAAUGAUCCUCGACAUAGUCACCAAAUACAUUGAGCACCUCAAAACUGACAAUGAAAGCCUCAGAAAGCGGGUCUCCGAGCUAGAAGGACACAACACAGACGCUGAUAACAACACAUAG